UUAUCACUUCAAAGGAUCGUUUCUCCGCUAUGGUCCUGCUUCGUAACCGCGCAAAUUUCAUCGUUACAAAAUGGCGGCUACCGGGCCGACUGUAUGGUUUCAAACGACCGUGAAUGUUAAGCCAAAAUCUCGCGGAGUUCAUGUGAUAACGGACGAAAUAGCGCGUAUCCCAGAGCUAAAGAAGUACAAGAUUGGACUGGCUCAUUUAUUAUUGCAGCACACCUCAGCAAGCAUAUGUAUUAACGAGUGUUGGGAUUCAUCGGUUAGGACCGACAUGGAGAUGAUGUUAAAUCGUUUGGUUCCAGAGAGCGGACCUCCGUACAUACAUACUCUUGAAGGACCUGACGAUAUGCCAGGACAUGCAAAGACAGCCCUCAUAGGACCAAGUGUGACAAUUCCUAUAACAAAUGGCAAGUUCAAUCUUGGAACUUGGCAGGGAAUCUGGCUUUGUGAACACAGGAAUCACGCAGGAUCUAGAAGGAUUGUGGUAACCCUUCAAGGUGUCCAAUAACAAAUAAUGUGAAAAAUGUCAGUAAAGUAUGUGGAUAAUGGUUGAAGACAUUGCAUAUUUGUCAAGUAAAAUGAUAAAAAUUACUUAAUUGCUUUUUACAUACACUUAGCGUUUUUGGUCAUAAAGGUCAUCAUCAGAGAGUUAAAAGCAUUCAUGUAAUAAAAUUCCAGUCCCUUAAUAAUGCAUUAGAACUGUAUGAAUAGACUAAAUAAUUACAGAAUGGCUACAGAUGGAUGUUUUGGGCAUGGUACUAAUAGCUAAGUACUUUGAGAUAAUGUAAAUGGUAUUUACUGUACAGUUUGUCUACAGAUGUAUGCUAUGUUUUCAUGAUGAAGGGAAGGGCUUCUCUUUUUUAUGUCAAGACUCCUUUAAGUUUCAAGACCUGCAUUAUUUAAACUAAAGUUUAAAGUAAUAUUAAGGCUGAUAAGUUUGACUGAAACAAAAUAAAAUUUUGGAGGAUAUAAAUGUGCAUCUUUGUAGUGGUGUCAAAAUCCAACCUUAAAGGACUUCCAUAAAUAUUUUAUAAAGAUACAUCAAACUGAAAAUACAUCUGUUCAGAAGAUUGGUGAGUAGAUCUGUCCUGAAUUUGAGCCGUCUUUUUUUCUGUUGUCACUAACUGCACCGGAAUAUUGUACAGUAAUUUCACAGCUAAUUUCAACUCAUGGAGAGCACAGUCUCCAGAAAAGUCAGGACUCUUACUGAAUGAAAUAUUCCCAGCGACCAUAAACGCUUUCAUUUGAAAGGCAACUUGACUCAUAGAAGAGAAUUUUGAAGCAAAUAAAUGCUAAUGUCGUCCGGUGAGGUAAAUGGUACUUGCACUUUGAAGUGGCUCAAAAUGCGCAGCCUCAACUAUAGUCGACUACAUGCAACAUGUUGGGAUUUGCUUUCAGCAAUCUCUAGAAUUUACGGCUAUGCAGAACAAAGAUACGCACAGAAACUUGCUACGCUGCUUAGAUCUUUCUGCAUUACCUUUUGAAGACUGAAAAACAUUGAUUUUUUCAGUUUUGGCCAGAAGAAAACGAGAGUUUAUUUCUGUCUUCUAGUCACCCCACUUUAAAUGGCUUAAGAUUUCUGUUGAUACAGUGACUCGCUAACGUUAAUACUGUUGUUUCCCCACGAUGCUGAUGAUAUGAGAAAAUCGUUUUAGAAACUGAAGGCAGCAGCCGUGACUAAGAACGUGAAAUUACGUAAUAGGCCAGACAGAGAAGGAAAGAAGAAAAGAGAAUGAUACAUACGUUGAAAAAAAAACAAAAACAUUAAAUCGCACGCAAAAAUAAACGAGGGCAAGCAAAUAACUACAUAAUCAAGUAAGUAAAUACGUGAAUGAAAGAAUAUAACAUAACGGGGAAUACAUGUAAGGCAACUGUGGUUUUCAUAGCUGCAGAUGAAAGAAGAAAACAGUUUCCUAAGCUACAAUGUACCGCACAAGAGACGAAAGUUGUAUGCUUGAAUGACUGAUCGGUAAAGAUUUAUGAACGUGCAAAUAAAGCAAAAGGCAAUGAACAAUUGGCUAAGUUGAUAAACUGUCUAGAUGGAGAGAAAAAAGGAAUAGUUCCCAAAUUGUUUUUAGAUACGAGGCAGGAAAAAUGAAGGGUUGUUAUUGACUUGGAUGAGUCAGUUCUGGCGGUGCAAAAAUGAAUAAAAGCUAUUAACGAUAAUUAGGAAAUGCUCUUUCAUGAAAACAAUUAGCGUUUCGUAUAAUUCACCACUCUUAUCUGAUUUUUAUUUUACCUUGAUUAAUUCCUUUCAAGUUAUUUUUUAUCCGAUGUUAGCGUAAAUGUGGUAUACAUAUUAACGAUGAUGUAAGCGGCGCGGUUUUUAAUGCCUUUGUGAGGCGGAGCCGAGAAAUCGAAAGUUACAAACGACUUUAAAAAGGUUUGGAAAGUUUUCGGCUUUUUGGCGUACACGCGAGUACAUGUUGACCCAGUUUGAUUCAUUUAUUUUUGUACGUGAUAUUACCAAUAAAGUUCUCAUUGCUGGCAAUUACCUCCUUUACACAACAAUUCUUCGUUGGUCUCAUCAUUUUGAUUAAAAUGAUGAAAAGUUGCUUUCGAUUUUUUUUCGUAUAAUCUUAGAAGCAGAUAUCAGCGUUCCGUUAAGAGUUUUAUGUGACUUGGACUGAAAAUGUCCAUCCAGCUUAUCUCAAUAUUUGCCACCGUAGAUAAAAAGUAAUAAAUUUGGAUUAUAUUAGCACACGUACGCUCGCAUUAAAUAUAAUACCUUGCUAAUUUUUCAUGGUUUUUCUCGUUUGCAGCAAAUUUGGAUUUUACAAGCUUAGCCAUCUUUCAAAUUUAACCCCGUGACUUAAGUCAACUCGCCAACAUAUACCAAUUCCUGCAAAAGACAGCUCUUUUUAUUAGUUUUUCAGUCAAUGCAAACACUAGCACUUCGUCUAGAUAUAUUCCUUGUAAAAUUUGCAUGAGAAAAAACCCGGCUUGCACCUGGUGAUUUUAAGCUUUCAAAACAGUAAGACUUACAUUGCAUUUAAAUCCGAGGACACCACCGCUAAAACGCGCAGGGCGCCGGAAAGCUUGGCAAAGAACAAGUGUGACCUGCUCCGUUCGGCAGACCAGUUAACUGGGUUUUCCAUCUGUAGUUUUGUGGAAAUAUAAUUGUUAUUGCCCGGGUCUUAGCGGUCCAUUAAUGCUGUGUAACACCUUGGAUCUAUAGAGAAUGAUCAGAGAUUUGUGUACAGAAGAAAAAAACAUAACAUGGAAAUUUUGAAGAAAUUUCUUCUCGCCGCGACCGAUUGCCGCA